ACCGGAAGCGCUGGGCUUGCUGCGUGUGGGGGCUCCACGUGGGUGGCGUUCUCCUCGAUCUCCCCAAUGGGCAAAGCACGCAAAAGGCACAACUGGAAGGGGCGUCUGUCCGCGGGCUCCGGGCAGCGGGUGGCCCCGCCCCAAGAACCUGUGCAGCUGGAGCUGGGGGAUGAUGCUAUCUUGAAAGGAGUGGAUGAGAGCAAUGCACUGGUCCUUCCAUCGCAGAAAGCUAAGGGUAAAAAAGCCAUUCCCGAAAAAGGCCCCGAGAGGAAGCCCCUGAGCAAGAAGCAGAAGAGGGUUCUGCAGAAGGUCUUGGAGCAGAAAGAAAAGAAAGAAAAGCGAGCUGAAUUGCUAAGAAAGCUGAGUGAAGUCCAGGCUUCUGAAGCUGAAAUGAAACUGUUAUAUACCACUUCCAAGCUAGGGACCGGAAAGCGGAUGUACCUGGUGAAACGGGCAAGCCAAGAAGCAAGCAGCCCCUGUUCGGAAAAAAUUAAGAGUGUCGCUGGUGCAAACCGAAAAAGAUGCAGGCUCGAAUCGGAAACCGAGGCGGCGGCUGAGAGCCCCAGUGAGGAGGAGGAGGAGGAGGAGGAGGAAGAGCCAGAAACACAAGUUGAACAGUUGUCUCCAGAGGUUUCAAGCACGGAUUUACCACUCAAGCAGCCAAUGAGCACUGUUUCAACAUCACCCAGCAUGUUGAAGCUGGAUGAUCCAGCUCCGAAGCCCUCCUCUGAGCCGGCGGUUUUCAUCCCAGUGGACAGAACUCCUGAGAUUCAAGAAGCCCGGCUGAAGCUCCCAAUCCUUGCAGAAGAGCAGGUCAUCAUGGAAGCCAUUAACGAGAACCCUGUGGUUAUCAUAUGCGGAGAAACCGGCAGCGGUAAAACUACACAGGUGCCUCAGUUUCUCUAUGAAGCGGGAUAUGCCAGUUCCGGUGGCAUCAUCGGGAUCACGGAACCCAGACGUGUGGCAGCGGUGUCCAUGUCUCAGCGAGUCGCUAACGAGAUGAACCUGUCACAUCGGGUGAUUUCAUACCAAAUACGUUUCGAAGGGAACGUAACUGAUGACACCAAAAUCAAAUUCAUGACAGACGGUGUAUUGUUGAAAGAAAUCCAGAAGGAUUUCUUGCUGUGGAAGUACCGAGUUGUCAUUCUUGACGAAGCCCAUGAGAGAAGCGUGUACACGGAUAUCCUCAUUGGCCUUUUGUCCCGCAUUGUGCCUCUUCGGGCCAAGAAAGGUCAUCCAUUGAAGCUGAUCAUCAUGUCAGCCACGCUGCGUGUGGAAGAUUUCACCACCAACACGAAACUCUUCUCUCCUCCUCCUCCUGUUAUACAGGUGGAUGCAAGGCAGUUUCCUGUAGCCAUUCAUUUUAACAAGAGAACACCACUGGAUGAUUACAGCGGGGAAUGUUUCCGGAAGGUCUGCAAAAUCCACCGCAUGUUACCCUCCGGGGGCAUUUUGGUAUUCCUCACUGGCCAAGCCGAAGUGCACUCGCUCUGCAGGAGGCUGAGGAAAGCAUUUCCUUUCUGCAGAAAUACUCCUCAAGGUGGUGAAGAGAAGGAGGAUUCUGUGGAAGAAACCAGGAAAUUUAAGAAAUCCAAGAAACAGAAAAAUGCGAUGCUGCCUAAAAUUGAUUUGGAUAACUAUUCUGUCAUGCCAAUUGAUGAAGGAGACGAGGACAGAGAUGCUGGAGCUGGGGAUGAUGAAGAUGCUGGCGUUGCGGACUCUGAUCAUGACCUAGAUUUGGGAGAGGUCGACAUGGAAAAAGAUGAGAAACCCGAUGCCUCUCUCCCGCUCUACGUUCUUCCACUCUUCUCCUUACUGGCUCCUGAAAAACAAGCCAAGGUUUUCCAGCCCCCUCUGCAGGGGACACGGCUGUGUGUGGUGGCCACCAACGUGGCCGAGACAUCUCUGACCAUCCCUGGCAUCAAGUAUGUGGUCGACUGCGGCAAGGUCAAGAAACGGUUCUAUGACAAAGUCACUGGCGUUUCGUCUUUCCGGGUCACUUGGACGUCUCAGGCGUCUGCCAACCAGCGGGCAGGCCGAGCCGGGCGUACCGAACCUGGCCACUGUUACAGACUUUAUUCUUCGUCGGUCUUCAGUGACUUUGAGAAGUUCACUCCUCCUGAAAUUACCAGGCGACCUGUUGAAGAUUUAAUUCUUCAAAUGAAAGCACUGAACAUUGAAAAGGUGAUCAAUUUCCCCUUUCCUACUCCGCCACCCACGGAAGCCCUGGUCGCUGCUGAGGAGCUGCUGAUUGCCCUCGGAGCUUUGCAGGAACCUCCCAAAUCUGGAAGACUAAAAAAAUUGCAGGAAGCAAAGCUGAGCUGUCCUAUCAGCCCCCUAGGGGCUACCAUGGCGUCCUUCCCCGUGGCUCCCCGCUAUGCCAAGAUGCUUGCCUUGGGCAAACAGCACAACUGCCUGCCCUACAUCAUCACCUUGGUGUCUGCCUUGACGGUUCGGGAGAUCUUUGAAGAGUUUGACAGACCUGCCCUUGUUAAAGACGAGCAAGAGAAGCUCAAGGGGAAAAGGGCCCGGGUGGUACAGAUGCAGCGGAUUUGGGCCGGCCAAGGGCCAUGCCAGAAACUGGGAGAUCUCAUGGUGCUGCUAGGAGCCGUAGGUGCAUGUGAAUAUGCCGGGUGCACACCUCAAUUCUGUGAAGCCAACGGCCUCCGCUACAAAGCCAUGGUGGAAAUUCGGCGUUUGCGGGGGCAGCUGACUACAGCAGUGAAUUCAGUAUGUUCCGAUGCUGGCCUAUUUGUUGACCCCGAAAUGAAGCCCCCAACAGAGGCUCAGGUGAUGUACCUGAGGCAGAUCGCCUUGGCUGGACUGGGAGACCACAUUGCCCGAAGAAUCCAAGCUGAGGAACUUCUGGAUGAGAAGUGGAGGAAUGGUUACAAGACCCCACUUCUGGAUGAUCCAGUCUUUAUCCAUCCCAGUUCUGUCCUCUUCAGACAGCUCCCUGAGUUUGUGGUGUAUCAGGAAAUUGUCGAAACCACAAAAAUGUACCUGAAAGUUGUUUCAGUGAUUGAACCAGAAUGGAUCCCGCUUUUGGUGCCUCCCUACUGCCACUUUGAAAAACCGCUGGAAAACCCUCCUCCAUCAUAUUGUCCUGAAACGGGCCAUAUCCGAUGCCACAGGCCGAGCGUCUUCUAUCGUGUUGGCUGGCAGCUUCCUGCUGUGGAAGUAAACUACCCCGAAGGCCUUGAGUGCUACAAAUAUUUUGCCAAGUUCUUACUGGAAGGCAAGGUAAUUAAAAAGUUGGGCGCCUACAGUCGUUGCUUGCUGUCUAGUCCUGUCACCAUGCUGAAAACAUGGUCCAAGCUCCAACCAAGGACUGAAUCCCUUCUGAAGGCCCUCGUCUCUGAAAAUGCUGAUAAUCGGGAUGCUUUGCUAGCUGCCUGGAAGAGGAAUCCCAAAUAUUUGUUGGCAGAAUAUUGCCAGUGGAUCCCAGAAGUUACACAUGGAGAUGUGGCUAAAAACUGGCCACCUAUGAUGUGAAUUCUCAAGCAAGCUGUCCUGGUCCUAUUCUACAUGAAUCUCCCUGGACUUGGUGAUGGCUGAUACAGAAGGAAAUGAAAUAUCAAUUUGUUGAGUGAAAAGGAUUGGUUUAUCCAAAGAGCAGCAGGCAAUAUUCAUUUGCCAUAGAGAAGCACCUCCCAGGUGUUUGGUACAUGCACUUGCAUGAACAAACGGACUGAAAUUCAAUGCAGAGAGCAGAUUCAUGCACACUGAGGAACAUAUAUACAGAUGUUCUCGAUUGGAUUUUGUUUUUCACUUACAGCUUUUAAAAGAUACGUUUGCACUUCAAUGUGAAGUAGUAAAACCGCUACACGAGGCCAUUUUGGACCAGAAGCACAUGCAAAAACACGCACAGGUAUUUCUGAUGCACCUUGUGCAGUUGCCAUGGGAGGAAGGAGAUGCUUCCCUGAACCAUUUCAUGCCGCUCCAGAAUAGCACAAACAUUUGAGUACAGCCCAUAACAGUCCUCUCCCAGCGGGAAGGCAGGAACUGGUGUGUAAAAGGUAAAUAAAUCUCCCUGAGGGAAAAGGCAUGAUGUUUCCUUCUGGGGGACAACUAAGCUAAUGAUGUUUGGAAAUACAGCCAGAGUGGCUGCCUGGAUGUGUACAGAUAUGUUGCAAUAGUCUGUGUUUGUAAACUGUGUUUUUGUAUUCUAAUGAUGCAAAGUACUGAAAUAAAUUAAACAUUUAAUUUUU